CUUGCCCGGCCCGAGGAUAGUGAACUAGCUAAUCAUACGAUAGAAAUGAUCCUAUGAAAUAUAGAGUCUACUGUAUAAAAAAGCUAUCUUCAUUACUAAAUUUUGAGUCGUCUCGCUUAAUCCGUAAUCCGCAUCAUCCGUUUGCGGUUAAUGAAGUACAAAAAAUGCAUCUUCAUUUCCAGCAUUUCAUGUUAUUAAUCUUAAUCAUUCGUAAAUAAAUUAAGUAAGAAUUGUGAACAUUUUCAGGGUCUGCCUUUUGCAGCAUUAUCAAUUUUAUCUGCUCGAUGGUUCCCGAAGCCGGAAAAAGGUUUUCUUUCUACAUUCAUUUUCACCGGCUAUCCUGUGGGAAAUUUUCUAGGCAGUGUGAUAUCUGGACCAGUUUGCGCACUGAAGUUGGAUAAUGGUUGGCCAUGGGCUUUCUACAUAAUGGGUUUCUUUGGAAUUUUCGUUAGCAUUCUCAUCAUGAUUUUCUAUGUUGAAUAUCCAAGAGAUGAUCCCAACAUUUCAGAAAAUGAACUGAAAUAUAUAUUAGAAAACAUAAGUUCAACAGAUGAAGCUGAACGUUCUCCUACACCAUGGAGAGAGAUACUCUCUUCGGUUUCUACUUACUCUUUGAUGAUUCCAAUGUUUGGACAAUACUGGAUGAAUUAUUAUCUUUUGACUGUACAGCCAUUGUUUAUGGAUGAUGGUCUCAAUAUACCUGUCAAAGAGAAUGGGCUUUUCACCUCAGCACCUCAAGUUGUGCAGGCUAUUGCAAGUCUGACUGCAUGUUGGUUUUCUCUCUGGAUUAAUAAAAAUGAUACUUCAAAAAUAAAUCUCGCUAGAAAAGGAUGCAAUUCACUUGCUGUAAUAUUGUUUAUAUUUGGACUUGGAGGUAUGUAUAUGUCAGGAUGUGAUAUUAUGUGGAAUAUUGUCUUCCUGUUCUUUUGUAAUGCAGGUCUAGGUUUUACUUUUGGAGGAUGUCUAAUAGUUGCUGUUGACAUGACGCCUACAUAUUGUGGUCCUUUCAUGGGAUUCCUUAGCACAAUAGCUAGCUUAUCCGGAUUUAUAUUGCCUAUUCUGACUGGACAAUUAACAAAAUAUGAACAAACACUGGCGCAAUGGCAUAAAUUGUUUCUGAUAACUAUGAUUAUUGCAACAUUGGACGGUGUGGUGUUUCUUCUAUGGGGUUCAGCGGAGAUUCAAUCUUAUGACCCAGCUUACCAGAAAGAAAAAUCAUCAGAAAUUACUUCUACGCAUUUAUGACUACAUCAAAGGAUUUAAAGAAUACUGAUUUGGUUAAAAACAUUUUAAAAUAAUUCCAAAAGAGAGUUUUAAAACAAUUUAAUUCAUCAGAAGUACCACAACUUGUAUGUUUGUAAUAUUUCUUUUAAGCAUUCAAAUUCCACAAAGAUUCAACCUUGUAAUCCAGUUUAUAAAAAAGAAAGAACAUUCUCAUCUCAAAGUGAAAUGAAUAUAGCAUAAUUUGGCUCAUGUCAUUUUUGACAACAUUAAAGGAUUUAAAGAUUUCUA